AUGCACGGACUGAGUUUUACAAGACACUUGUUGAGAAGGCACACAAAUUCUUUCGAAGGAAGAUCCAGAUCAUGCCGAAGUGCAUUGUGUGGGUUUAAUUGGUUCAACGCGUACUACACUCCCGGCGUAUCUCGCAUUUCAACAAACAUCCGUGACGACAACGACUCAUCACUGUUGUAUACGAUGUGUGGCAACUUUGUUGGUGUUGUAUCGGACUCGACACGAGUGCUUGAUGAUGGAGAUGUGACACCUGCUGGUGGGUUUGGUGUGAUGGAAGGGAAGGCGUUGCUGAUGAAGUACUUAGGUGGUAUUGACGCAGUUCCCAUCUGCAUUGACUCGAAGGUUGCUGGGAAGGCUGAUGCUGGUGCGAUGAUAGAGUUUGUGCAGCAAAUACAUCACACCUUUGGUGCAAUCAACCUGGAAGACAUAUCACAGCCAAACUGCUACAGAGUGCUUGACAUGUUCGAGUUUUGA